CAGACUCCACUGCCCCGUUCAAAACUUCAAGAACUCGCGAAUCGUUGCAUCCUAGGGCUGUAGCAGACCCGGAAGAACAGGCAAACGGGGGAAGGGUUGCUGUGAGAGUCCACACCGCUCCGGGGCAGGCAGGGACACGCAACAGCGGAGAUGUGUCGCCUCAACUGGGAAAUUUAUUACCUGCCGGUCGCUCUGGUUAUCUGGUCAUCCGCUGCGUUCAUUAUUUCAUUUAUCAUCGCUGUGUGCAACGGACACGUUGUACCAUUUGUACCUUUCAUUAGUGACACUGGAACAAUCCCUCCGGAGAGCUGUGUGUUUGGAAUAAUGAUAAAUUUCUCCGCCUUUCUGGGUGCAUUUACCAUGUCUGUUCGAUACAAGAUGUUGCAAACCCUAAACGAGGCAAAUCCCAGCAUAAGCUCCUGUGAGAAUACCACUGCACUUGUAUUCGGUUUGCUGGGUUGCCUUGGGAUGUUCAUCGUGGCAAACUUCCAGGAAACUGCUGUGAGGUCAGUCCAUGACAUUGGGGCGCUACUGACUUUUGGCAUGGGAACGAUAUACCUCAUCUUUCAGACCUGGAUUUCUUACAAGAUGCUGCUUCUGUGUAACAAUCGCUGUGAGGUUCUAUCCAAGGCAGUACUGACAGCAGUGUCUGUGAUAGCUUUCAUCAUUAUGUUCACCUGCUACAUCUUAAGUGGACAAUCAAAAUUUAAUUGGGAUCCAACGGAUAAGAAGUUUACUCUAAGCAUUAAAAUGGAGAUAAUUGAUGACUUCCAGGAUGAGUUAAGGAUCCCUAUUCUCUCCGGCCAACGAUAACAGUGACCUCUCCCAGAGCCUGGGGAAACGCUACAGUUACCAUCGGUAUCCUUUCCUGUGUUUUAAGAUGUUUUGCACUUCCACAGUCCACCUGCCCGACAUUAGACUCCAGAAACAGGCACACUACUCUGAGCAAGCAUCACCAGCCAUUUCCAGGAUGGCACAGAAAACAAUUUAAGAAUCUUCUGUAAGUAUCGUUGAAAAAAUUGUAACAUCCGCAUCAUCUGGUAGGAGUUACCAGACUGUGAGCUCUGAAAUUACCAUAGAAGCAAAUAGGAAGGAUCUGAGAACUCAGAGUUUCUUCGAUUGAGGCACGCAGAAGCCUUGUCCCAACAGAGGAAGGAGCCUCCGGCACUAUGCUACUGACACACCUGACUGUCAAGCCCAUCUGUCCUACCUGUGGUAUAGUCUGUGGGUUCAACCGCAGAACUGGAGAGAGAUCCAGGUUGUCCCAGGACCUACUGGACUGCUCAGGAAGAAGAAAUCCCAAAAUUACACAGCAUCUUUGAAGUUGUAAAACACCAAGUUGUAAAACUUCACAGGAACGCAGGUGGACAACAUUUUGAACAAGAUAUUUGGAUGUGACUAUAAGUUUUGAGAAACUGUUGAGUGUUAAUGAGCAAGAAGGAGGCAGAAAGUCUGGACAGGAAAUUCCAAAGUGUGUCUCAGAGGGGCAGCACAGUGAUAGGGCUGCUGCCUCACAGCUCCUGGGGUCCGGUGCUGUCUGGAAUUUGCACGUUCUCCCUGUGACCGCGUGGGUUUCCCCCGGGUGCCCUGGUUUCCCCCCACAUCCCAAAGAUGUGCGGGUUGGUAGACUAAUUGGCCGCUGUAAAUUGUCCCCUGUGUGGAGGUGAGGGGUAGAAUCUAGGGGAGGGUUGACAGGAAUGUGGAGAGAAUGAAAGUGGGAUUAGUGUAGGAUUCGUGUAAAUGGGUGCUUGGUGGUUGGCAGGGAUUCAAAGUCCAAGUUGAGUUUAUUGUCAUCUGCACAAGUCCAUGUGUGCACAGGUGCAAUGAAAAACUUACUUGCAGCAGCAUCACAGGCACAGAGCGUCAGAUAAGCAGCAUUCACAAGAAAAACAAACAUAAAUAAAACAUUUUUUAUAAGAAAGAACACAAUUAGAACAAAAAAAAGUCAAUUUUAGUGCAAAGUGGUCAGCAGAAGGACCUAUCUCUGUGGUGCAUGACUUUGUGACAGACCCUCCACCACCAGCGCACUGUCCCGGCAGUGAGUACGUUGUACAAAGCGCACUGCAGUUACUCAUCAAUCUCCGACAGCACCUUCCAAACCUGCAAUCUCUACCGUCUAGCAGGACAAGGACACCGGGCACAUGGAAACACUGCCGCCUGCAGGUUGUCCCUCAAGUUGCACACUUUCUGGCUUUGAAAUAAUCCAGUAACACCCCACUGAUCCUACGGACAGUAAUGGUUCAAGUAGACAGCUCACCACUUCCUGGUCAAGGACUUAGGGAUGGGCAAUGAAUGCUGGCCUUGCCAGUGAUGUCCAGGUACAAUAAAAAAAUUUUAAAAAAUCAUCUACAGGUGAGAAUCUGAACCCAAACAAAUCCAAUCUAUGAUUUUUAAGAACAUCAUUCACAGGCUGGGGCUUUGGUUGGCAGGUCCAGUGUUAUCUGGUGGGUUGGUUUGUUAGGUAUUCCAGGAGGCUGCUAAGGGUCAGGAUCCAUAAAGAAUGUCAAGGGAAGCAGUUUUCCUUCCCUGAGGCACAUCAGUGAACCAUUUUUUAUUUUUCCAGGAAUUACUGAAACUACCUUAUUAAUCCAGAUUUAUUUGUGGAAAAAUUCUCCAAAAUACUGUGUGAUUUUAACUUUGUGUCUAGUCCACUCUUGUCUAGUGACACCAAACAACCCUGUUUACAAUGAAGGUCACAAAAGGAGACCAACUAUAGCACUGUGGGUUAAAUUGGCUCUGCUGAUCUGUUCCUACCUUCUCUUCCCGUGAUGUUCUAAUCUCACAACACUACCUGCAAAAUAGGUGCAUGAGUUUAGACCUGCUUGGGGUUUCAGAGCAGGGACAAGUCAGAGCAGGUAUCCAUGGUUACAACAAGCAGCAUACUCAUAGUUACCACAUAAGGGCAUUGUAAAACAUCCGAGUAUAAAAAUAAAGAGGUGUGAGAAGACAGAAUCAAAAUACUUCUGAUACUGGGCAUCUGAAGUAAAAACAGAACAUGCAUUAAAUUCUCAGGGCAUGAUGAGGUAGAUGCUUGUGGGGAGGUUUUGAGAGGGAAUUCUGGAGCCCCAGGCCCAGGUAGCUGAAGGUGCAGCUACCAGUGGUGGAGUGAUUGAAACUGGGGACGUGCGGGAGGGUGAAAUAGGGGGAGCUGGUGAUAGAGGGGUUUACAGGGCUGGGAGAGACUAUAGAAAGGGAGGGAUGAAACUAUGGGAGUUACAUUGAAAGGACAGAGAAUCAGGAAAGCAAAAAACUGCAGGUGUUGGAAGUCUGAGAUAAAGACCGAAAAUAUUGGAAACACUGAACAGCAUAGAGUCCUGGACCUGAAAUGUUAACAGCUUCUCUUCCCACAGAUUCCGCCUGACCUACUGAGUAUAUUGAACAUUUUCUGGUUCUCAGAACCAGAAGCCAGUGUGGUGCAGUAAGCACAGAGAUAAGGGGUGAUCGGGACUUGGUGUGACUCAGGUCACAGGCUGCAGAGCUUGAAUGUAAUUAUGGAGAAUAGAUCGAGGGAAGCAAGACAGAGGAGUUUCACAGGAGUCAGAUCUUGAGGAAGCAAAGACAUGGGUGAAGGUUCCAUCAACAAAUGGACUCAAUUUACAGACACAACAAGGCAAAAGCGCUUUGCUGUGUCACUAGUAUUAGUGAGAAUAUUGGUGUGAGUUAGUUGCUUGCUACAAGAGCACAUUUAUAAAAGCUCUUUCUAAAUUGCUGAUGUCUCCUCCAGCUCUUCAUCUCACCCAGAUCUCGUUGCUCCUCCAAUUCUGCUUCUUGAUCAUCCUGAAUUUAAUCACUCACCACGAGUGGCUGUGCCUUCAGCUGCCAAACCCCCAACUCCAGAAAUCCCUCCCUAAGCCUCUCCACCUCUCUCUUCAAAAUCCAUCCCUUUGACCAAGCUUUUGGUCAACUGCCUUAAUAUCUCCAAUGGACUUCUGUCUGAUUUUGCUCUUAGUAUUCCAGCAAGCACAUCAGAAGGUUUUGUAAUGUUAAAUGAGUAUAGGUAAAAGUUGCUGUAACUGUUCAAAUCAUAUUGUCUCACAGUAACCUCAAGUUUGAUUAAUCCCAAUGCUGGUUCUUUAAAACACAAUAAUACUAACAGAAAACUGAGUUGAGUUCAAGAGCAAUGCAUAUCCAAAGAACAUUAAUGAAUAUGUUUUAUGGGUGAAAGAUUUGAUUUAUAAACUAGUUGCUUUAAUCAGGCUAUUGGUGAUAAAUUGACAGAAUGUUGUUUGAAAUGGUUAUGAGAAUUUAUACAUAUAUCUAUUUUACUGUAUUAAAGUUUUAUUACGGUUUGAUACAGAUUAUUUUUAUUAAUAAACAAUAUUUUAUCAGAUUGUGUUUGUGACUGUUAGUUUCACUUCUUCCCACUCUCCGGCCCCCUUUCCAUGAGCUCCUGUCCUCAGUUGUUAUUCUUCCUGAGUCUGAAGCAGUGGGCAUUAGCGGACUAUUCAGGCUUGAGGUCUGUCACCUCUGAGCAGAUCUGUAGACUACAGAACUUCAAAAUAAUAUCAAUUUAGUCGUAUGAUUGCCUUUGUUACAUUAAUGGCCAAGUGAUCCAUUUUGUUCAAAUGGAAGGAUCCAAUACCCCCCACCACUUUUCAAUGGUUCUCUCAAACUAUAUCAUGUUUAAACUUAGAAAAAAUUAGGAGUAGCACUGUUGAUUUUUCGCUUAAAUUUGAGGAAGUUUGGACUCCAUUUCUUCAAUAUUUUCAUAUUAUAUAGAUCCAUUUUCAUUAAUCUUUGAACUUAGAGGAGCAGAAUUGAUGACAUAAUACUGCUCCUUGUUCAUCGAGAAAUGUCAGUCCAGUUUUUUUUCUUUUGAACUUUUUGUUUUAGUUUGUUUCAUUUUACUUACAAUUUUUUUUCCUGAUUUGGGUUUUUUUUUAUAUAAUAAAUCUUUUUCUUUCUCCUUUUGACUUUCUUUUUGUAAUACAUUCGUUUACCAAGAAACCGUGGGGCCUAGAAUU